AUGGAGGACCCUCUGGAGCCCCAGGAAGAUUUGGAGGUCCUUCUGCCUCCUCAGCCGAUGGCUUCAGCCCGGAGCCCGCUAGUUUUCAAUAGUCCCUCGCCAUCGAGCGCGGAGGCUUUCGCGCGCGCUGCCGGUAGCGUCUCGACUCCGACUGCACCGCCGGUGAUCCUGCCAAAGGCAGUUCCUAGCCCAAGCAAUUGGAGACCCAACGCGGGCCCGGUGGUGCAGGUCUUUUAUUCGACCUCGCCAGUGGUCAGUCCAUCGAAGCGGUGA